GUGACGGUUCUGUGCUUGAAAAAGUUCCAACUUUGUGCUGUGUUAUCAUUCAUACUUGAAAGUUUCUAUAUUACCAAACAAUGUUCAAUUUGUUGAACUCGAGUAACAAUGCCUUCGUGUCUGCCGCUCAGAUUGAAAUCAGUGUUCAUAUUUCGGCUUCAGUGAACAGUGAAUCUCAAAACACGAACACCACUGAACCAGAUUCGAAUAUUCAAGUGACACUCAGCCAACACGGCUGCGGCGCAAUCAUGGACUCAACUGAGAACUGCAAACAUGAGGUAUCAAAAUCCAAAUAUAACGACGUUGAAAAUCAUUAUGAGAUGGUCCAUUCAAUAUUAAUCAAACUUCAGAGUAUCCAUGGUAUUGUUCGUAGUAAAGAAUCGAGUAAUGCUCUUGCUGAGAUUUUAGCUGCCUUGUCAAAAGCGUUUGCUGAUCCUUCGGACGUUAACUGCCGUGAAGUCAAGAAGGGAAUCAGUGACCAUGGAAUGAAAUGGAUACUUUCUUCUACUGAAGAAAUUAUUCGUGCAAUCUCUCCUAUUUCAUCUUGUUGGCUAUACGACCGAUCGGACAGAAUGAGGCUGCGUACUCUUAAAAGUCGACUGAAAGCUUUGGUUAUUGCUCACAUCAACGGUAAUAGUAGUCCAGUCGUAAUCGAAUCCUUUGUGAAACUUUUAAAAGAUAUUUCCAAGGCAUCUAAAGUUAUGAAGAGGAACAUCAAAACAACGACCGUAAUUCUCAAAGGUAAACGGUAUCACGAUCUGUGGUCUCGCCUUUUCACUGCCAAGUCAGUACGAGAUUUGAUCCCGGACAGUGGUAAAGUGGAAUCGUGUGCUUUGUGUUUCUUAACAGAAAUUACGUCAAAAAUCAACUUUGCCUUCUUCUCGAGCUGCCAGCACAUCUUUUGUCGACCUUGCAUUCUCGAAUGGAUGAACAUCAACCAGUCGUGUCCAGUGUGUCAACAACCCAUGAUGGACCUGAGCACUCGGGAUGAAUUCGUGAGCUUCAAGAGGCGACAAUUCAAAAUGGAAGACAAGAUACGAAGACGCGCCCUCAGAGCAGCGCGAAAAUCUUCGCGGUGUACGAAAAAAGAAAUGAAGGAUUAGACAUGAUUGCAAUUACUGCUUGCUGAAUUGCCAAGAAUUGCAUGAGUGAAUAAUUCUUAUAUUUUAAAGUAAUUUAUCUCAGUCAGGCUUUCUUUCGUGGAAACAGAAAAUGAUUACAAGAGAAGGGAUUUGGUGCUGCCGUUUGCUUUUAAGAAUUGUUUAAAAAUUUUUGAAUCCAACAUAAAUUGCACUCGUAUGACAGAUUAUAAAAAUGUCUUGGGGGAAAAAUUCUUAUCGAAUUAAAAAUUUUCAUUCAUUCACCUUCAUACAUGUAUGGAAACCUUCAAUUGAAUUUGAAUGGAAAUUCAAGUCCGAAACCGAAGCGGGAAAAUUUGGGCUCACAUUACAAAACUGUUAUGAAGCUCGAGUGUUGAACUAAUUUGGACUUCAGAGUUUUUGCAUCAAUUCUUAGACGUGAAACUAUCAGUAUUGACACAAGGACUGAUUUUUUACUUGAGGACUAGUGAAAAGUGAGAGAAAAGACGAGUGGGAGAAAAGACGAGUGGGAGAAAAGACUAGUGCAGGGAGAAAAGACUAGUGGGAGAAAAGACGAGUGGGAGAAAAGACGAGUGGGAGAAGGGACAAGUGGAAGAAAAGACGAGUGGGAGAAAAGACGAGUGGGAGAAAAGACAAGUGGGGAAAAAAGACAAGUAUGAAAAAGACGAGUGGGAGAAAAGACGAGUGGGAGAAAAGACGAGUGGGGGAAAAGACGAGUGGGA